AUGGAGAAUGGCGCCAAAGAGGGGCUCAUAGAUAGCUCAAAUGCAACGGUAGAUAAAAUGGAUACUGGAUGCCGCAUAAAAUUGAGGCCAAAUUUAGCACUAAAUGGAAAACCUAAACAAUGGAUAAUUGAUCGAAGCACUGAGGAGUGGGUGUCGCAAAUAUUCCCUACUGCAGCUAUCUUCAAAGGAUAUGAUAAUCUCAUUUGGGGUAACUUCUUCAUUGUUGUAUACAGGGAGAUAUUAACUGAGAAAUUUAGUAGCAUAAUCAUUGAUAAACUGGGUCUUACGCAUUUCAAUUCAAUUGACAUUUCUCGCCAAUCAAGGUUCUACCCCGCAGUUGAGAACCUUACAGAUGUUAACCAAAAAUCUAAUGUGAGGAAGCUAAUCGCAAUUUCUCUUCUGCGGAAGUACGCCGAUAUAGAUUCCAAGCUAAUCAAAAAGAUAUCGCCAGAAAUGAAAUAUGAUUAUGAUCCCACGAUUGCAGGAGAUUUAGCUAAUUCAUGUGAGCUUUUUGGACAGUGUACACCAGAAGAAUUUGGGGAAAGUUUAUCACAACUUGGCGUUCUACGUGAUCGAUUUAUUAACUCCAUUUUACUUGAUGUUGUUUAUGAGAAUAAAGCCAAGAUCAUUGACUCCAAUAAUGAACUCGUAUUUCAUCUAGGUGAGCAAUUGGAACAGCUUUUCAACCCCCUGUCCGAAUAUUCUCCAGAGCAAACGGAGUAUGUCUACAAGUCACCUGAUGAUGGAUAUGUUGUUGAAAGCGAAGAUCCUUUGAUAGUGUCAAUCUGUAAUGAGCUGCUUCAACUACAAACGAAUUUUACACUCUCCCUGGUAGAGUUUUUGCAAAACUUUCUAAUACCCCUGAGAAUUGAAGUUGCGAAUGAUGAAAUCGAUGGCCUAUCAAUACCGAAGCUUAAUCGUCUAUUUCCUCCAACAAUUGACGAGGUUACGAGAAUUAACUGCAUUUUUUUAGAUGCAUUGAAGUCAGCAACGCCCUAUGGUUCGGCAGAAGUCCUGAAGGCUUGUAGUGUAACAAUUCCUUACUUUUACAAGGCUUACACGAGACAUGAGGCAGCAACGAAGAACUUUUCGAAAGAUAUCAAGCUCUUCUUGAGCAAGUUUGGACAUUUAACUCCUAACCGGGAUGUGUACACAGAAUUAAAGAUAGAGACACUCAUUAAGGGACCUCAAGAGAAAAUAAUGAAAUUGAAACUAAUCAUUGAAAGGUUAUGGUCAAACGAAAACCUGGUUCAUGAUGAUGCGGCAAAAAAACGGUAUGAUGACAUUAUCGAGACAAUACACUCUUUUGGUACACUAGAGAAGCCCAUGAGUGCGUAUAGCACGAGGGUAUUUACGCCUUCAGGUAAAAUUCUAACUGAAUUGGCCAAGGGUUGGCCUGUGGAAUUGCAGUACAAAUGGCUGAAAAGGAGAGUCGUAGGAGUAUUUGAUAUGGUCGAUGCGGAUGAUAAGGCCAAAAGAGACAUUUUGGUCAUAUUCAGCGACUACGUUGUGUUUCUUAGAGUGAUUGGAGGAGAAGAUUAUUAUAACAUGGAUGGUAAUAAGCCACUGAUAUCAGACAUUCUCAUGAACUCGCUCAUAAAUGAAGUCCCGCUGCCCUCGAAGAUUCCGAAAUUGGAAGUGUUGGCACAUACGUACAUUGACAAGGUGUUGGUGUCAACGUACGGUUCUUCUUUCCUCCGUUUCGAUCUUCGUGAUAAAAAUUUUUGUACACCGUUAACGUAUGAAUUGGCCUCAAACUCUAUGACUACCUCUGAGGUAGCUGAUUUGGUGACGAAAGCACAAAUUUUGGAGAAGGAUACAGCAUUCCAUCUGUUCAAAUAUUCUAAUGACUAUCUACAAAUCUAUUCGACUGCUCAUGAAUUAAGUGCGUACUCGACUGAAAAAAUAAAGUCUCAGUUCGCUUUAUUUUUGAACUUGGAGCCAUCCAUUGAAUUAAUCGAGAAAUAUGGUCUCUGUAUGGCACUUUUUGCAAGCUUUCGCAAAGAUCAUCAAGUUAAUCUGACAAGAAUUACGGUGGAUAAUGCUCGAACAGAAUUAACUGUACCUCUUCAUGAUCUUGCUGAAACUCUCGCCAAUGAGCUCGUUGAUGCUAUUCCAAUUUACUUCUCAUCACUCAGUUCGCCCUUUUAUGAAGAACUUUUGCAGCUGAACGCAAAACUUGUCCAAAGAAUUGGCAAGAGCUUUCGAAAGGAUGAACUCACGAUCCAAGAGAACAAGAAUGAUAAAGCACCUGAAAAAACUUCCUCUGCUGAGAUAAUUUAUCAUCAUCAGAAAAAUAAAUCCUUCGGAACCAUAACAACGUUUAGAAGUUUUCCCAGUGAUAUGAAAGAAUUGAGCGAUAACAAUACGAUCAAUGAAAAGAUAAAAGAUAAGAGCAAGCAUGGUGGAUCCAAAGCUCGUAAGACUGUUAACCGAGAUAUAGCAAAUCAUCCUCCGAAGCAAAUGGGGCUCAUUAAGACCUUCAAAAACCUAUUCGGCAGAAGGAAGAAGAGCAGAAAGGAAAAUGAACGGCUGACUAUUAGUUCUCCCCAUAUUACGAGUCCCAAAACCGAAAGCAAGGCCAACUCUAGCAUUACCCGAGUUAAGAAAACAAUUGGUGAUCCAAAAAGUCAUGUACGUGAGUCUCAGGAGGUGGAACACCUUGCAACUCAACCCGCAGAGAGUAGUAGAGUAUCCUCUGUAAUUCACACCCCCAGCAGAAAUAUUACAGAUUGUGUUGACAUUUCAAAAGAGAGCAUGUCCUCCAUGAAUCGCAAAGCUCAAGCUGGCGUAGAGAAAAAUUCAACUGAAAAUUCCAGCAGUACUCAACUUCAGGACUAUGAAAUCAAUCAUUCAUCCCUCAGUGUGCAUUCUGAGAAAGAAGUUCUACCUGAUUCUGUCAAAGCCACGGGGACCCCAUACAAAGAAAGUCUCAGACAAAGCAAGGUAUUUAAUGACGAUCCUUUUGCCAGUGUUAUAAGUUCUGAUGAAAAUGAAAGUAUAGGUCCGGCAAAGGAUAAUUUGUGUGGCGAAAGUCUUACUGGUGAAACAUCCGUGUCUGUCAAGGAUUCAAAACUUGUAGGAAAAGAAGCAGAUGAACCAACGAUUCAUAAGGAAGAUAAUCACUUUGCGAAAACUCUGGCCGAAAAAGUCGAAUUAAAACCCUCCAUUCCAGAAGUUCACGAUACCGCUAAGAGUUUCGAGGGGCCUAUAGACUCUCGAAGACUUUCUGAGGGGCGUUGUGGCCAAGAAUUCGAAAAUGCACAAAUAUUUCCUAAAGUUCAGGGACUGAAAACGAAGACGAUCGAUUUUUGCAGAUCCCCAUCAUUUGUGGAGUUGUUUGACGGGAUGAGGGCUAUUCUAGAUAUUACUGAUGAGUCAACUAACUGGAGACGUCUUUCGAGUGAAGGAUCGUUGACGAUUCAAACUACUCCUCAUGCAGAAGAUGUAAAGGCUUUAGAUAAAAAUUGCAUCAAAGGCAACAGCUCUGCAAUCAUGCUGGACAAAUCCAAUCACUCCAAUAUGCCUGACGCUAGAAAAUCUUCUCCUGAUCAUCGUGACGAAAAUGAUGAUGCUAGGAUAUUCGCAAGUUCAAAAGUCAGUGAACCUGAAUAUGGACAAUUAAAUUUGGAUUUUUCAAAAUCUGAAGGGACUUUGACACCCGUUUUUCCAACCUUCAAAGUCGUUAACACAUCUCCUGCCAAGAUUGUUAACUUUGCCACUUCUAUCAACAAUGUACACCCUGAUCUAACGAAUAAUUCUACUCGAGAGUCCAGCUCACCUGUGAAGAACUCUUAUUCUUCUGAUCUCAACGCUGAAAAUCUACGUUUAGUUGAAUUAAGUUUCAAUUCUCAAGAUGAUGUUUACAGCUAUGAUUCGCGUCAAAAGCCUAAUGAUAUACUUGAAACUCUGCCACCAAGCCAUUCGAUUCAUUCUCCACGCUUGUCUAAUUCAGAAGUGAACUCUAAACCUCUUGCUGAUCAGCUAUCCGCUACAACUAGCGUGGAAGUCGCGAACCUACAAAACGAGCUGGUUAUUGAGCCACUGGAAAGCAACAUUCUUGGGGAUCUUGACUUCAGCUCCUUCAAUAUGACAUUUGAUAUUAGUAAUGAGCUGAAUGACUCUACGCAAGAGUCAAUCAUGGACGAACCGAAAAAUCCGUUCGUACGCAAGCCACAUUUGAGCCCUCGAGAUCCCGUCUUUUACCGUCUACCAAAUUCAACUAGAUCAGAUGAGACAUUCUUUUCUUGCGUGGAUGAUCAACGUAACAAAGGUCAGAAAAGGAAAAGUUAUAUCAAUUCACUUCCUCUCGAAUGUGAAGAUGAACCAAUGUGGGUUUCGCCGAGUAAGAUUGAUAUGUUUGACCUAAGUAAACAACCAGAUUCUGUCUUUCAAGAGCUAAAACUCAGAUCAAAGCAAACACGCGAGGCCAAAUUUCAGCUCCCUGGGAAAGCUAAUAGAUCAUCAACAGAAGAACAACUUCUUCUACCGGAUUCUUCCUACGCGUAUUUGGGAUCUUUGCUAACGGACGAUGAUAUGCAACUAGCGGAAAUAAGCAGUGACGAUCGGCCAGUUAGGCUUAAAUUCAACCCUUAA